AUGGAACAUUCGUCAAGCCAAGCCUACAUAACAAAUAAGUCCUAACUUCAAACAGGAGCUCCUCCUAAAUGCGCCAAGAAAAGUUCAUAUAAAGUUGAUCUAAAGAAUGGAUAGACCUAUUACUGGUGCACAUGUGGAUUAUCUAAAACUCAGCCAUUCUGUGAUGGAUCUCAUGUAUAGAUGCCUGGAUAUAAGCCCUUGAAGUUCACUCAUGAAGGACCUGAUGGAAUUAAGGGACUUUGUGGUUGCAAGCUUAAUAAAAAUGAAAGUGGAGCUUUUUGUGAUGGUUCCCAUAAAAAUGUCCCUGACUGGUGA